AUGUCUCACACACCAAAGAACCUGAAGAAGGCCGCGCGCAUCAUUCUCGUCGGCGCUCCUGGAGUUGGUAAAGGCACACAGUCCGAGCGUUUGCUGUCUCGGUUCCCUGGGCUGGCCUCCAUCAGCUCCGGCGACCUAUUGCGUGAGAAUGUGCGUCGCAGGACACCACUGGGUGUUCAAGCCGAGGCCGCCAUGCAGUCCGGUAACCUCGUCCCGGACUCGAUGAUUCUGAACCUGAUUUCCUCCGAAUUAAUGUCCAAGGGCUGGCUCCCUCCAUCUGAUAAACCGUCUCAAUCUACCUCAUCACCAUCCUCCUCGUCUACCACCACCUCGUCCCCCUCAAUCUCUUCCGCCGCAUCCUUCAUUCUCGACGGGUUCCCUCGUACCGCUUCUCAGGCCACAGCCCUGGACACUCUUGUCCCUGUGAAUUUCGUUGUGGAGCUCAUUACCCCGGCCUCGGUUAUUCUCAAUCGAAUCGCAUCACGCUGGGUACACGAGCCAUCCGGUCGAGUCUACAACACGGAUUUCCAUGCACCGAAAACCCCCGGCAAGGACGAUAUUACAGGCGAACCGCUGACCCAGCGAGAGGACGACUCUAUCGAUACGUGGAAACAACGCUUGCAGAAGUUUGAGGAAACUAGCCGAGCUCUACUCAAUCACUACGACGGCCGCGGCUGCCUCUGGCGGGUAGAGGGCAACUCGAGUGACGAGAUCUCUCCAAAGCUGUUCGCAGAAGUCGAAAGGCGAUUCUGCUGA